GUCCCCCGGCACGGCGGAGACACGGCGGAGGAGCGGCCCGGCGGUGCCGCAGGGAUGCGGGAGGCCGUGCGGGAAUCGGGCGGCGGGGGCUGCGGGGACAUGGCGGAGCGGGAGCGGCAGGAGCGGCUGCGGGAGGCGGCGGCGCUCGGCGAUGCGGAGGAGGUGCGGCGGCUCGUGGAGAUGGGGGUCGGCCUCAACUCGCAGAACGAAGUGAACGGAUGGACCUGCUUGCACUGGGCCUGCAAGCGGAACCACGCGGCAGUCGUGGCUUACCUGCUGCACGCCGGGGCUGACAAGGACAUCCUGACCAAGAAAGGGGAGAGGCCAGCCCAGUUAACAUCCAAGAGAGAGAUCAGGAAGAUGCUGGGAGUGGAAGAUGAACUCCCAGACUUAAAGCAAGAUUCAGAUCUGCCAAUCAUCCCCAAUUACCUGGCUAACCCACCCUUCCCAUAUGUUUACAACACCUCGAGUACCAGCAUUCCCGAUCCUGCCUUGAAUGGGGAUGUCUCACACUUGGAACCACAAGACACCAACUCUCCGUGUGUACCUGACCUGGACACCUACAGACCAGCACGAGCACCACAGUUAGAGCCUGGGAAUGCUGCUCCUCCCAAUGGGGACAUCCCAGCCCUGCCCCGAGGGUCUGCUGGGACAGCACACCCAAAUCCUGUCCUCCAGAGAGCUCCUGUUUACCAGGGAUUGGUGUCUUGGGGCAGAAGCCCCUCUUCACCAGCAGGAUCCAACCAGUCCCUACCCCAGUCCCUACCCCAGCAGGGGAGCAGCUCCUCUGUGGGACCUGUGCCAGCCUUUCAGCCUCUUUUCUUCACAGGAGCUUUUCCACUCAAUAUGCAAGAACUGGUGCUUAAAGUGAGAAUACAAACCCCUAACCUUAGAGAAAAUGAUUUCAUUGAAAUUGAACUGGACAGACAAGAACUGACCUACAAGGAGCUGCUCCGAGUGAGUUGCCGUGAGCUGGGUGUGAACCCUGAGCACGUCCAGAAGAUCAGAAAACUACCAAAUACAAUGUUAAGAAAGGACAAGGAUGUUGCAAGGCUACAGGAUUUCCAAGAACUGGAGCUUGUUCUAACAGUAAGCGACAAAAACUUACUUUUCAGAGUCCCAACAUUUUCUGAACAGAGUGGGUAUAACAAGAAGGCAUCAGAACUUACAUACUAAUUAAGGAGUAAACCAAAAGAUUUUUAUCUUUCCUUUUACAAUUAUGUUUGAAAAACACUAUCUAUAAGGGCUAAUUAUGUGAAAAAAAAAUCUAUUUUGUUAACUGUGAAAUAAACUGAAGUGGUUAUACACAUAUACAGCUUCUAGUUAAUCUAAGAACGGUGAGUCUGGUAUAAAAGUAGCUCAAUGCACAGGAAAGGAAGUAUUGUAGAACUAUCUGUUAAUGCAACACUUCCUUACAAAAAGAUAAUGAAACACUGCAGAGUUAGCAGCUCUCAGGGAAAGGCUUACCUUAAGCUGUUCUAAUAAUUUGUUUGCUAUAAAAUAGCAGAGGUACUCAAGCUAAAGAACCUGCCAUGAAGCCCAUUUAAUAUUUGUACUGAGUCCAUUACCAUCAGUGUUCCCUUUUUAGAUCACAUUUAUUAAGUCCCAUCUUACUUAGAAGGAAAAAACCAGAAGGGUUUACAUCUGUGGAAGCACAAAACUAUGUCAAGGUUAAAUUCUAUCAAGUGACUUAUUACCUAUGAUUUCUUAAUCCCUGUUUACACUUUUCCCUUUUUCUCAGGUUGAAAAUAAAAAUGACAGUAAUCAUCCAAAUAAUAAAUAUGCUCUCAACCAAAAUCCUUUUAGUGUUGUCUGUCAAUACAUACAUGAGCAAGUGACAUAUAAUGACAUGUGCAAUUUAAUAUACUAUUUUUGUUACUGUGCUGACAUUUCUUCAAUGCUGCUUUAAUUUCCCCUUUUAAAAGCACAAAAAGUGAUUUUAUUUUCUUUUGACCUCUACAUUACUGAGAAAAAUUGCAUCUUGAACCUAUAAAGUUACCUGUGUAAAAAGAAACUAGUGAAGUACCCAGGGUUUCCAGGACUGAUAGCCAAUCUUGAUAUUCCUAUGCAAUGUAUUUUCUUUUUAUCACUGUGACUUGUGUUUACCCAUGUAGUUUACUGAAAAGAAAAUCACAGUUACUUAAAAUUCAGAAUUUAACUACUUUCCUGUGAAAUUCUCAAAUAAAGAAAUUGAAAAGUAUUUAAGAGCUGGAUUUUAUCUGAUUUUUAAAGGAUUUUAGUAUUUAGUCACUUCAAUUUGAGGAAGAGUUCUACUCUGGUAGGCUGUGUGAAAAGCAGGUGCUGUGGGUUAGAUGAAUAAACUAAAGUGUGAGAUACAACAGGCAUACAGAAUGUACCAAACUGGACUGAAUUUUCCUGUUUCUUUGCCUUUCCCCCUCCUUCCCCCCAAUUUCUUUGGAAGCUGUAGCUGCCAAAAGAAUUUAUCUUUAGCCUUGUGUCAGAGUUCAGAGCCUGGCUGUGCAGUGUCACUGUGCCUGGAGCUGGGGACCAAGCACAGCUUCCACCUGUCCUGGGGGCUGUGCAGGUAAGGGACAGCAGCUCCUGUGUCCCUGCCUGUGUCCCUGCCUGUGUCCCUGCCAGUCCAGAGGGAAGUGUCCCCAGAGUGCCCCAGGCUCGCUGCUCUCAGCUCCUGGAAGCACUUGGAGCACAGGGACAGCACAGCAGAGGGAGCUCCCAGCCUGCAGUCAGGCUCAGCUGCCAGCACAGAUCCCUGCCAAAACCUGAAUUCUCUUUGUGCCCAGUCACCACACUGAAGCUCAGUCUGCCCAGGUGCAUACAGAAGGUUUUGUCACACUGAAAAAGCCUCUUCUGCAAAGUGCCAGAGGUCAAACACAGUCCCAGUCAGUGGCAAUAUCUGUUUUUGUACCAGACUGCUGCUGGGAUAUUAAGUUCUCUGUAAUGGAAUAAUAAAAUUUUCAUUCUUCAUGUCAGCCUGGCAGCUGUUUUCUCACAGGAUGUUCAGGCAUUGGCUGAAUCCAGGAGGAUUCAGGGUUAACCAGUAAGACCCCCCAAAGAAAAGCUCAGUUGGGGCAAGCAACCUUGCACAGAUGCUGAUCCCUAUCUAUGCAUUCCCAGGAAUAUUUUUAUACCUUGUGCAGUUUAUACCAGGAUCCCCAAUCCCAUCAGUGUAUAACCACUACAUUCUGUGUGUGAUAAAUAAUUAAUUACUUUGUGCUCUGCUACAUGAAAUGUUAAUGUCUAAUAAAUGCUUGGCUGCAUAUCCAGGUUUUUAUUUAAGAUGCAUAAUUUGUAAGAGUUAAUAAAUUAUUUUUGUCUUCUCAAA